CCAUCACUGCUGUUUCUUUUGUUUCUGACAAAUUUUCACAGGAAGGGUAGAUGACCAUGCAGCCUGCAAUCCAAGUGUGGUUUGGGGAAGAUCUGCCUCUAAGUCCCAGGUGUCCCCUGACGCCCAGACACGGCCCGGGACUGGCUGAUGUUUGUCAGUAUGACGAGUGGAUAGCUGUGCGCCAUGAAGCCACGCUGCUGCCUAUGCAAGAAGAUCUCUCUAUCUGGUUGUCUGGCUUACUAGGUGUUGACAUAAAGGCAGAAAGAUUAUUGGAAGAACUUGAUAAUGGAGUGCUGUUGUGCCAGCUAAUCAAUGUUCUUCAAAACAUGGUCAAAGCCUGCCACUCUGAAGAACCAGGGAAUUUUCCAAUGAGAAAAGUGCCAUGUAAGAAAGAUGCUGCGUCUGGUUCGUUCUUUGCCAGAGACAACACUGCAAACUUCCUUCACUGGUGUCGGCACAUCGGGGUUGAUGAAACGUACCUCUUUGAAUCGGAAGGGCUAGUUUUACAUAAAGACCCCAGACAGGUGUACCUUUGCCUUCUCGAGAUUGGUCGAAUUGUUUCAAGAUAUGGAGUUGAGCCACCAGUCUUAGUGAAACUUGAGAAAGAGAUUGAGUUGGAGGAGACCUUGCUUAAUGCCUCUGGGCCUGAAGACUCCUUCAGCAUACCCAAAACGUGCUGUCAGCAUGAAGAACUACAUGAGGCAGUUAAACACAUUGCUGAGGAUCCUCCUUGUAGUUGUUCUCAUCGAUUUUCUAUUGAAUAUUUAUCAGAAGGAAGGUACCGGCUCGGAGAGAAAAUACUCUUUAUAAGGAUGCUUCAUGGAAAACACGUUAUGGUCCGUGUUGGUGGAGGCUGGGAUACGCUGCAAGGAUUUUUGCUGAAAUAUGACCCCUGUCGAAUACUGCAGUUUGCUACACUAGAACAAAAAAUUUUAGCCUUUCAAAAAGGAGUUUCUAAUGAAAGUGUGCCAGAUUCGCCUGCCAGAACGCCUCAGCCUCCAGAAAUGAACCCUUUGUCUGCGGUUAGCAUGUUUCAGAAACAGAAUUUAAAACCCGGCACGCCAGUGAGUGUUGCGAAAAGCAAGGAAAAGCAGGUCCGCCCACCAGGUGUGCCGCCCCCUGCACCGACAGUGAGAGCUCCCCCGUCGUCUACUCGUAAACCUCCAGAUCCUCCAGCAUCCCUUUCCCAUCCCAGGGUCGCGUCUUUGAAGGACACAGCAAAAAGGACACAUGCUCCUUCCAACAGUGCAUCCUCUUCCCCGGCAGCUCUAAAUCCAGCCGGCCAAACUAGCGCUACACAGUGUGCCUCGGGGUCACUGAGAAACUGCGUCACAGCCCCCAAGACUACCAAGACCAAGGCUAGUCCAGCCCAGAAGUCAAGAGAGCUGGCCAAGCCCAGACUUUUGCCAAGUAAGCAUUCUGGAAAAGUGGAACCAAAGCAUUUGAAACACAAUCAUCUUUCUUCCAGGGAUGGGUCACCUGUAAAUUUAUCAUCAAAGUGCCCAAAGCUACCUAAAGGAACCCUGCACCAAAGGCCUAACCCUUCUCCUUUCCAGUCGCCUGCAAAAGUGACAAAACCCAGUGCUAAAACCAGAGCCCUAGGUCCGGGGAGACAGCCUCAGCCACCUGAGAGCACUCUGGAAUCAAGGACAGACUCAGCACAAGGACUUCAGUCUACCUUGAGUUCAAAUCAUGCCGCUCCUGGCUGUGCUGUGUCCUCUGCAAAAGCUACUCAGGAAUCAAAACGUAAGAAUAUAGUUGCAGUUGCCAAAAAGCAACCUCAGAGUAAGGGUACCUGCCAGAAUACGAGACCCGGCUCCUCGAAGUCUCCUGGCCGUACCCCGCUGUCCAUUGUGACUGUUCCUCAAUCUGCUGCCAAGACAGAAACUGUCUCAAAGUCAGCACAGACUGCCAUGAAGGGCCAGUACUCAGCUAAAGGGCCCCCCAAAAGUGGCAAGUCACCAGCGUCUGCCAGGACACCACCCUCAUCUGGUAAGGGAACAGACAGUGGAGAGAAAAAGUCUACUGCCAAGAAAAAGGAAGAUGAUGACCAUUAUUUUGUUAUGACUGGAAGUAAGAAGCUUAGAAAAUAA